AACACUGUCGAUAAAAUCAUCACUUGAGGUGUGUGUCUAUUCUAUAUUCGGAAAUUGAAACAUGUGUACGAUGGAUUUAAAUGUAUACUUUCAUUAGCGUGUAAUUAUUUUUCGUUUAUAAGUAGCUUUCGUUUUUUUGUUUUUUUUUUACUUCAAGAUGGACUUGUAUACUGAAGACAAAGAUGAGGAUGUGCAGAUUGAAACAAUUGAUACGGAUCCAACAAGGAUAUAUGAUAUAGAUUAUCUCGCCAUCGAAGAGGACAAGCCAAGGAAAAAGAAAUUGGCUUCCAGCAGCAAAGACUUUGAUCUUGAGAAGUUUGAAAUUGACAUGGGUUGGAAAUCUUCAAAAGUGAAUUUUGAUCCAACAGAAGAGUUAACGCUUUUGAGAAAGGAGGUGAAUCCACUAGACAAGAUCUUGAAACGAAGCGUCAUCACUCCUGGCUUCGAAAAGCUGCACGUUGUACCUCCUUAUGAAUUGAGCAAACAUCAAUUGAAACUGCGUAAACAACGUGAGAAACAAAAGAUGGGUGCAGGCGCAGGAUGGUUUAACAUGCGAGCACCUAAAGUAACUCCGGAGAUUAGGCGUGAUCUUGAAAUAUUACGAAUGAGAUCCUCAUUGGACCCCAAACAUUUCUACAAGAAAAACGACAUGAAAGCAUUGCCGAAACACUUCCACGUUGGCAAGGUCGUCGACUCUCCCAUGGACUUCUAUUCUUCGCGUCUCAUAAAGAAGGAGCGCAAGAAGACGAUCGUCGAAGAGCUUAUGGCGGAUGCGGAGUUCAUGAAGUACAACAAGCGUAAAUAUAAGGAAGUUAUUGAAGAGAAGAAAAAGACGCAUUACAAGGCGCACAGGCACGCGAAGAGACUUAAAGAAAAGAAAAAAAAAUAAUUUACAUUAUAAUUAUAUAUAAUAUAUUCCUUAAAUACUUGAGAAAUACAAGGAAUUUUGUAACAUG